AGGUUGCCCAGGGUCCACCCAGCCUGGCCUUGUGCACCUCCAGGGAUGGGGCAUCAAAAGCCCCAUGGAAAGGAAUGCCCUUCAGCUACAGCCGAACCUCUACGGCUGCCUGGGGCGGGAUGUGAGGGACGUGGAGAGCAGAGAUGCCGGCACAUCGCUGCCGUCAUCUGGGCCGUGCCCGGCUCCCUCCCGCUGCCUGAGGCGGCCCCUCGAGCUCCCUCGGGCGGGGUUGAGGGGCGGGCCGGGGCCGGGGCCGGGCGGAGGGACGGGCGGCCGCGGGGUGUGUCAGGACGGUCCGGCAUGGCCGGGAGGGGCUGCAGCAGCAUCUCCCCGCCCCUGCCCGGUGGUUCCGCGCCGCCGUGCGCCGUGCCGGGCCAGGGGGUGGGUGCUGAGAGGCGGCGGCGGCAGCAGCAGCAGCAGCAGCAGCAGCAGCAGCAGCAGCAGCAGCAGCAGCAGCAGCAGCAGCAUGCACCGGGCGGCCCCGGCCCCGCGUCUCCCCCGGGUUGGCAGCGGGCGGCCUGGAUGGAGUCGGGCCCCCGGCGGAUCCCCGCCUCCCGGCCGGGCUGCCCACGGCGGUGGCGGCGGCGCUGGGCGCUGCUGGGCGCGCUGCUGGGCUCGGCGCUGGCGCUGUACGGCUGCCUGCGGGAGCUGCGGCGGGGCGGCUCGGCGCCGGGCCGGCCCGAGGGCGACGUGACCGUGCUGCUGUGGUGGGAGCCCUUCGGCCGCCCCCGGCGCCCGCCCGACUGCCGGCGGCGCUACAACAUCACGGGCUGCCGCCUGAGCGCCGACCGCGGGCGGUACGGCGAGGCGCGGGCCGUGCUGUUCCAUCACCGCGACCUGGCGCUGCACGGCGCACAGGGGCUGCCCCGCGGGACCCCGCCGCGACCCCCUCGGCAGCUGUGGGUGUGGAUGAACUUCGAGUCGCCCUCGCACUCCCCCGGGCUGCGGGGACUGGCCGGGCUCUUCAACUGGACCAUGUCGUACCGCCGGGACUCGGACGUGUUCGUGCCCUACGGGUACCUGUACGCUUCGCCGUCGCCGAGGCCCUUCGUGGUGCCCCGCAAGAGCCGGCUGGUGGCCUGGGUGAUCAGCAACUGGAACGAGGAGCACGCCCGGGUGCGCUACUACCGGCAGCUGAAGGAGCAUCUGCCCAUCGACGUGUAUGGGGCGAGAGGGAUGGCGCUGCUGGAGGGCAGCGUGGUGAAGACGGUGUCGGCGUACAAGUUCUACCUGGCCUUCGAGAACUCCCAGCACACCGACUACAUCACCGAGAAGCUGUGGAGGAACGCCUUCGCCGCCAGCGCCGUGCCUGUCGUCCUCGGUCCCCGUAGGGCCAACUACGAGCGCUUCAUCCCCGCUGACUCCUUCAUCCAUGUGGAUGACUUCCCCAGCCCGCGGCUGCUGGCCACCUACCUGAAGUUCCUCGAUAAAAACAAGCCCAGCUAUAGGAGGUAUUUCGCCUGGCGGAACAAGUACGAGGUCCACGUCACGUCUUUCUGGGAUGAGCAUUACUGCAAGGUUUGCGAAGCCGUGAGGACGGCGGGGAAUCAACUCAAGACGGUACAGAAUCUGGCCAGCUGGUUUGAGAGCUGACGUUCCUGAGGGGUUCUUGGCCAGCUUCUCCUUGCAGUGAAUGCACCGAGGUACAGGGGAGCCCUGUGAGAUCUCCUGCCCGCCAGGGACAGUCUGUCCUCAGUGAGAGAAACAAGCAGAUGCAGGUAAAUAAACGAAACAGAAGAUUUUUGUUAAGGCGCAAAAUGAAAUUACAGGGAAGCAUCAGGCAAGGCGAUUCUGCAAGAGCAAAAUUAAACUUUAAGCAGUCAUUGAAACUUUUGGAGUUGUUCACGGAAUAACCUGUGCCAAGUCCUUCAGCUGGAACCAAUUUUGUCAGCUAUGACAGCUUCCUGGACCGGGAAACUUUCUUCUGCGGAUGGGGGAUACGCGAUCAGGGCUGGCUUUCUGUGUUCUAAAGGCAAAAAGCAAACGUUUUUCAAUGGUGAUUAUGGUGAAAAUCGGAGCUAUUUGCUGACAAAUGCCGAGCCGCAAAUGUUGAACAUAAGAAUGUGAUGAUCCGGUAGCACUUUUGAGCAGUUUUACAUUGCAGCAGCAGCCAAAUAAGAAUUCUUUGAGCCAAAGACAAAUUCCACGUAGGGAAAAGUGUAUGGAAGGGUCUGAGUGGAACAAACAGCUCAGAUGGGCAGAAAGUAUUUCUUCCAACUGUGAGCGCAGUUGUCCUGUCUGAAAGCAGAGAAGGGCUUCGGGUACAGGAUAAGACAGGAGGCGGGCAGAAAGCUUGAAUGUUUUCACCCUCCCUUUAUUCAGGAAUUAGGGAAUGUUUACAGGAGACUGCAUGUUUUUUCCCUGCCAAAUAAGUGCCACAUAGGAAAAAGCAGGGAAAGGCUCUAGAUGGCAAGGGUUAUAUUGCUAUACUCAGUCUGUACAUGGAAAGGCUAACUUUCUGCUGUGUGUAUAACUAUAAUGGCAGUGAAGAUACCAAAGUUAAGUUCCCAGACGCUACCUCCCAGAAGGGGAAUAACUGUAGAGAGUAAUGUUGAAACUGUUGCUAAAACAUGGGUUAUAUGAAGGAAGUAUAUGAAGAGGAAGAAGAAAGAGUUACUGUUUUCUAUGUUUGGUUUUGGGGGGUUUCUCCCACCUAUCUUUUCUUCUGUCAGUUCCUAGAAUCCAGGCUUCCACUUCCUCAUGCUCUGUCUGCCCAGAGCUUUGCGGUUCCUUUUCAGGCUGACACAGUGAAAUAAAAUCGUGGGUACCAGAAAGGUGGCAAAAGAAGAAGGUUAGAUGCAAAUGAAAGCUGAAUGUGUGAGAGUUAUUUGGGUUAGAAUGGGAUGAGGUUUGAUUUGUGCAAUGAGGGCUGCCAGGUAGGUGCUGUUCAAACUUAGCAGCUGACAGCCUGUUGCAUUUUAAGUUACCUGUGCCCAGUGAUUAUGUAAGCAUGGAACUAAAGAAUAUUGGGGGGGAAAAGACCUAUAAUAGUGUUAAAGCUCGUGAAUAAUUUUGCACAGAUUUACUGGGUUAGAGCAGUUCCAAGCAUAGCUUUAACCUAAUAGCUGAGUGCCAGGACAACAGCAUCAGUGUCUCUCCCUUUUGCAUUUUAUCACAGUGCACAGUACACCAAAACCUGUCUAUCAAAGCAGUGAGCAGUCUUUGAACAGGCAUAGUGAAGACGGAAGGGCUUUUUGUCAGUCUGACCUAAACAGUGUUUAUUCUUCUUCCAGUCCUUCUAAGUUUUUCAGUGUUCUCUGUGGGUUUUGAGACACACGACUUGGUGCUAUCAGUAAUAAAGCUGCAGGCAGGCUCCAGGAGGAUGGGAAUUCCCAUAGACUGCAGCUUCUCUUACUGAAAUCCUGGUGGGAACGAGUUCUGUUAAGUUGAGCUAACAGCUGUGCAAUGAUCAAAACACCAUUUUGGAAUGAGAUAAUCACAAGUGUGCUCCUAUUUGCAAGUAUGCGUUGAGUAUCUUCACAGAUUGUAUAACGAGAGCUGCAGUGUUGCAAUAAUCAUUGCAGUUUCAUCGUUCUUGCGUUAGCAUUGCGUGCUUUUCCCGUUAGAUUUAGGAGGAAGUUCAGUAGUUCAGUCCUGGUCUACAGCUGAAGUCAAUAAGUACAGCAACUCUUUAAGGCCAUAUUGGUUUUUAGUUCAUCCACUCCUUGGGCUCACAGAACUAACCCAAUAAUUGAAUGCUGUUUGAAACUGAGGGCUGUCCUUUGUAACUCGCUUUGUAGAGCCUGAGUUCGGUGAUAAAUAACCCCAUCUUCUAUUGCAGAUUUCUUGUGGAUCGGGUACCAGACUCCAUGAGACAUGUUCCCAUGCAGGUGAACUAUGUGCUCAGUCUAUAAAAAUUAAGCAGAUUUAUCUUGCAGUCUAAAUAGAGAAAUCUUGAUGAAUGUGCUUUUAAAAGCUGUUUGAUUCCGUACCUUGAAAUGUUGGGGAGGAGGGAGAGACGGAAAGAUCGUGAGCUGUUUUUCAUCAGGUCAAUUACUUUUUGAUUAUAAGUGGGCUGUAGAAAUGCGUGUGAUCCUCUCACAGAAGUAUCUCAGGGAAUUUGAUACUGUAAAAUCUCUUAAUCUUCACAGAAUGGAGUAACUUUGUAUUAAUCAUGUAGGUUAACACUCAAUAAAGUUAUAGAAAAGAAGCGGCAUAAA